UGAAAGGGCAGAAGACGAGCCCAGCUGUGCCGGCGGCACGAGGAGCAGCGCGGCGCGGGAUCGUUCCCGGGGGAUGCUGAGCCUCGGGAAGCGGGCGCGGCCUGGAUUUCCUCGUGGGAGGAGCCUUUCCAGGGGGGAAUCGAAGGAUGGAGAAGAAGAAAAUCCUGAUGAAGUCCAAGGUCGCUGCUCCCAACCUCCUGAGGGCCCUGCACUCCCUGUACCAGUUCGGGCACCUCUGUGACGUGACGGUUCACACCCAGCACCUGGGAAUUCAGGAGGAGUUCCUGGUUCACAAGGCCGUCCUGGCAGCUUCCAGCAACUAUUUCAAGGGGCUCUUCCUGCACGAGGAGAUGCUGGAGACCAAGACCUGCACGGUGACCCUGCAGGACAUCUACACGGAGGAGUUCACCUCCUUCCUGGAGUUUGUGUACACGGCGGAAGUGGAGAUCGAAGCGGAAAAGCUCCAGCGGAUGAAGGAGAUAGCCGAGAGACUGGAAUGCAAGGAUUUGCUCGACAUCUGUGAAGAAGUGAAGGCAGAGGGCAGGAAGGGCUUGGAUUUGAGCCUCCACCUGAAGGGACAGAGAGGUGAAAGUGGUGGGUCCCAGCGGCCUCACAUCCAGCAUGAGGAGAACCCCAGCGCGAGGAACUCUUCCCAGGUCGUGGCAAUUCCUGUGCAGAGGAAACUUUGGGACAGGCAAAAACAUAAGAAGUUGCUGGCGGGCUAUGAGCUCACUGGAGGCCAAGCAGCGGGUCUGGAGCAAGAGGACACCGCUUUUCCAGACCCAAAGCCCAGGACAGCAAAGCUGCCGAAAUGCAGCAAGCCAGAUUCCACAAACACCCUCGGUGUGGAUAUCAUUAGACUGGAAAACGAGGAUAGUCAGACUGAGGCACAGGGAGCCUGUCGCGUCCGCAGGGCGCCCGAUGGGAAGCGGGAACGCCGGGCCUGCCCCUGCUGCGACAAGGCGGGCGGCUCCAAGGGCGGCCUCUCCGGCCGCGUCCAGACGCACGGCGGGGAGAGGCCCUACAAGUGCGAGCGCUGCCCCGCCAGCUUUGCCCACAGGUCUGCCUACAGCACCCACCUCAGGAAAAUCCACGAGUCUGGGCAAGAGAGGAAACUCCUGCCUGUCUAUUGGAUGGUGGUUCCACCUGCAGCUGGACCGAACGCCGCAAGCUGUGACAAAGAUCCCGACAGAGAGCCUUGGGAUGCGACAUCUGAGGCCACGAGGAGUGAGGAGGAACCCGGGGCUUCAUCCACUGCUGAAGCAGAACGGAGCACGGAGCAAGAGGAACAGGACGGGAAACACAAGGAAGCCGAAGCAAGGAGCGAAGAAGGGCAUGAAGAUGAAGGUGAGAUGAGUGUAAAGGGCGAGGAGGAGGGCGAUUAUGAGGCGGGAUACUCGGAAGCUGAAGGAGGUGCAGCCAAAGAGGUGUGCCCCGAGGAGGGUGACCAACACCCAAACGAGAAGGGCGGCGAGGAACACGAACCAGGCGAGGAGCCCGAACCGCAGAAGGCCAGUAAAAGCGGGGCCAGCAAGGACCCCCGCUACGUGAUCCGGUGCGACAAGUGCCACGAGCAGUUCGUGUCCCGCAAGAGGUACGUGGAUCACUGCCGGGACGCGCACCAGUGCCCGCCCGGCAAGGUGUACCGGUGCGACGUGUGCGGCAAGCGCUUCGCCAGCUACACCAGCUGGAAGGAGCACCGGGCGUGCGUCCACACGGAGGAGCGGCGCUUCUCCUGCCCCCUGUGCAGCGCCACCUUCAAGCGGCAGCGGGACGUGCGGACCCACUCGGUGCGGAAGCACGAGGGCCGUGCCAAGCGGCCCCUCUGCUCCGUGUGCGGGAAGAUCCUGAGCUCCCGCACGGCGCUGGUGUUCCACAUGCGCACGCACACCGGAGAGAAGCCCUACGAGUGCGGCGUCUGCCGCGCCAGGUUUGCGCAGCCCUCCCAGCUGAAGAUCCACACCAGGUCCCACACGGGGGAGAAGCCGUAUAUUUGUGAGGACUGCGGGGCUUCCUUUGCCGACAAAGGGAAACUCACCGGCCACAAAAGGACACACACAGGAGAGCGCCUGUUCAAGUGUGACGUGUGCGGGAAGCAUUUUGCCACCAAGGAGUACCUGAAGUGCCACAAGCGCUGCCACAUGGGCGCCAAGCCCUACAAGUGCGAGGUGUGUGGGAAAACCUUCGGCCUCAGGGCCUCCCUGGCCCAGCACAGCAACGUCCACGCAGAGACCCGCCCCUAUUUCUGCGAGCAGUGCGGGAAGACCUUCACGCAGCAGGGCGCCCUGCGGCGGCACCAGCGCAUCCACACCGGGGAGAAGCCCUACAAGUGCCGGGCCUGCGAGAGGACCUUCACCGACAUGUCCACGCUGCGCAGACACGUGGCGAUUCACGAUCGGAAUGCUCACUGGCGAAGUUUCCUGAUCGAUCUCACCCCCAAAAAGGACCAUAACUGGUCCAAAAUAGAGACAUUUGGGGAAGCCCAUCCGGGAGGAGGCUCCGCCCCGGAGGGUUGGUCGGUGGACCAGGGGAAACUUUACAAACCAGAAGGUGCCAAAACAGCAGCGCGGGUGGCACCCGGUGCUGGGGACACCGGGGGCACCGACCGCUCCCUCUUGUACUCGUAAGGUCAGUUUUGGCCCCCCAAAAAUACGCGGGAUGGGGAAAAUUAUCUCUGAGAAUGAGGGGAGUUAUCCCCAGCGCCGCAGCUGGAUUCCAGGUGGAGGAGGGGGGUGUAACCCCUCCCGAGGGUGUUCAUUGCAGCGAAACGCUUAGAUCUGCCCCGAGUUUUUAUUUUCCAGACGCGCG